CAGAAGAAACCACUAUUUUACAUUUGCCCACAGAUACACAUGCAAGCCACGUACCACGACACCCACUCUGAUUCACACUGUUGGCAUCAUCACGACUUGAACAAACUGCAGUCUUUCUGCUCGGACAUGGACCGCAUUCGAAACGACUCGGUCCUGGGUCCCGAAUUAGACCACAAAUUAUCACUAGCAACGCUGGGUAUUGCAAUGAGCCUCGCUCGGCCCAUGACGGUGAUGAAACAAAUGUGCUGUUAUUCCAUCUGGAAAACUCCUCGGACUCCGGACAUAUUUCAUGCCAUAUUUCCUCCCAAAGCUCUCUGAGUUAGAUUGGCUAGUUGAAUUAGCAAUGGACGCCACAUAUGAGCCAAGUUCGCGACCGAGAAACGGGAUAAAUCUAAAUGAGAAGGUAUUCAAAUCCAGUUUGCGUUAGAGGACAUAGUCAUCAGGGAAGACCUCAAACAGAAGGCUUCCAAGGGACGAAGAUAUACGUUCUUCGCUACUCUUGAAUCUUCAGGAUCCUUACACGAGUCAGUCAGAUAUCAAUAAAGCUAAUGAAAUCG